GCUCACUUGUUCUUUUUCCGCAAUGGCGACAUCCCAGAGGUUUGGUGUGUGCGACCUCGAAGAGCGCGUCUCGUACAUCCAGUCGGCGACGCUCAGCACCAAGACACCCAACUAUGCUCAGGCAAAGACACCCAACGAGCUCGAAAAUGGCGCGCUCGUUGCCGGCGGUGCGCUCACGCUCCUGUCGCGGGAGGCCGUCGCGCUCUUCUCGCAGUACUUUGCGAUCGGUAUCAUCUACGGCAUGCUCCCGGGCCUUCAGUACCCGGUGUUCAACAACUACUUGCGCAUGGAAGGCUACCAAACGUCGGCGUACAGCGUGCUCGUCGCGCUCGGCUGGUCGUUCAAGGUCUUCUUUGGCAUGCUCUCGGACUGUGUCCCGAUUUUUGGCUACCGCCGCAAGCCGUACAUGCUUCUGGGGUGGACACUGGCGACGGUCUGCCUCUGCGUCAUGACGUUCACACCGUUCGGCGCGCCGUACUGCGACGGUCGCUUCACCAAAUGCCCAAGCGUGACGCCCCCGAUCGCCAACCUCACACGCGACGACAAGCUGCAAUACUACAACUUUGACGCGCCCAACGGCGGUACCAAGUUUAUCGUGCUCUCGGUCAUCGUCGGCUUUGGCUACGUCAUGGCCGACUGCGCGGCGGAUGCGAUGGUCGUCGAGUACGCCCAGCGCGAGCCCGAGGCCAUUCGUGGCCGCACCCAGACAGCAAUCUACACGAGCCGCUACGUUGGCACGAUGCUCGCGCAACUCUGCAUCGCGUUCCUCCUCAACGGCAAGGUCUACGGCGGCUCGUUCGACUACGCCGUGACGCCGAAUGUCAUGUACGCCAUCUGCCUCGGUCCAUGCUUCCUCAUCGUGCUCAGCACGCUCUUCGUCCUCGUCGAAGUCAAGUCAAACCGAACGCCGUUUGUAGAAUGGGUCGAAAGCUUCUGGGGCCUCCUUCAGAAGCGCGUCAUGUGGCAAGUGUGCGGCUUCAAGUUCAUCAACCAAGUGUUUGCGUCCUUCUCCGCCACGCCGUCGACGCCGAUCUCCAAGACGUGGGCGGGCGUCGAGCCCCUUAAUGACUCGCUCUCGGGCGUCUUUGGCUCGCUCAUCAUCUCGGUCAUCAUGGUCAUCGUCGGCAAGUGGGGUCUCCACUGGAACUGGCGCUACGUCAUUGCGCUCGGUACGAUCGGCAUUCUCAUCAUUGACUCAAUCGUGGUGUUUGUCACCGUCUGGAACAUCUUUCGCAACCAGUGGUUUUUCAACGGCGUCGCGCUCGCCGAGAACGUUCCGUCCGGCAUUCGCUUCAUCGUCUCGACAUACUGCGCUGUCGAGAUUGCUGAUGUCGGUAACGAAGGCGCGACCUACGGCUUGGUCACGACGGUCUCCAACUUGGCGUCGCCAUUUGCGUCCGUGCUCUACAAGCUCGUCGACUCGUUCUUUGACGUUUCGCAGACCGACAUCUCGCGCGACGACACCGCCGUGCGCUGGGAGGUCACGUACUGCUACCUCAUUGCGUACGCCAGCAAGCUCUUCUCGCUCGUGUGGCUGUUCCUGCUGCCGCCCCAGAAGGCGGAGAUGCAAGCGCUCAAGAAGCGCGGUGAGACGAGCAAGCUUGCCGGCGGUCUCCUCGUUGCCGUCUUUGUGGUCGCGCUCGCCUUCUCGGUGACGUCCAACUUUAUGUCGAUUUACCCAUCCACCAAGUGCUACCGCAUUGCCGGCGGCAAGGGCACCGUCAACGGCUCGUGCCCCAAGUAACCCAGUAGCGUUCACUCUAGUAUUGCUCUUUAUACAUGUUGAACAACCAAUGCUUUCGCCUUUGUCCA